AUGUUCUCAUCGAAGCCGAUAAUACCACCAGCAACAGUCACCACGCCAACCGCUGAUCCCUCAGAACGCCCUCCACUACCACCCCCGGACCCCCCGCCUCCCCCCAAGCCACCAGCAGAACCAUUCAAACCGAACGAAGAACCAAACAUAUUCCUUGAAAAACCCGCCUUCAUCCCCCCGCCGAAACCGAUGUCACAUUCACCAAAAAUUUCCCCAUCUUCAAUUCCAAACCCAAGCCCCAGUGUAACGACUAACAAACAAGUGGAGCCAGGGUAUCCUAACUAUAGCAAUUAUUUAUAUAACAUCCCGGGAUAUUCAGCUUUCCAACCUGUCUCCUAUCCUGGAAUCAUAGCGCCGAAUCAAGCCCCACCACCUCAGAGUGAACCGAAUACAGAUUUUGUACCGUUUCCAACUAUAUCUACAAAAGAAAAAAGUAAUGACGAAAAAAACAGUACAACUUUUGAAGAAGUGAAAGCUAUAGAUACAAUUCCACCGAAAAUUGAUAAACCAAAACCUCAAACAGAUUUCGAAGAACAUUUCACUCCGGAAAUUAUUCCAGCGGUUUCUAAUCCCGAAAAGAGUAAACUGACGGAGUGCAAAAUGAGCAUAACAUCUCUAACUCAAGGCUCUGGUGCCACGAUCACUAUACCAGCGCAGGUGCCGCAAAUGACUCAAAUAGCAAAUAUCGAUGCCAAAAAGAAACCAAACGAACGGUUUAGCUUAAAAACAAGCAUACCUAUUAGCAAAAUCGAUAUGAAAUGCGUAAAUACCCAAUCAGAAAACAUUUUACAAAACUGUUUGACAAAGAAGCCAAUUCAAACUCAGCCAUUUCCCAGUCAACCAUUUCCUACAAAAUGUCAAAAAGUUGAAAAUGGGUCAAGAGUAGAGAUUCAAAGUAAUAUAGUGAUAAAAAAGCCUGAUAUACCAGUAUCAAAAGAGUCUGAAAUAAAGCCAGUAUCGCCUAUGUCUAUCCCUGUUUUAGAAAGGCAGACAGUGUCACCAAUGCCAAACAAUAGCAUUAAUGCUUUGAUUAAUGCUGCAGAAGUUAUAAAUAAAAACGACAGCCAAUUUCGUAAACCGGAUCCAAAACCAGAAGGGCUAACUGAGGCUAAAGAUACAACAACAUCAUAUAUUCCUCCAAUUUCUACAGUGACAACAAGGCCUAUAUUCAAUCCAGUAAAUAUUGAAGCAAAUAAGGUAAACUUUGCAAACAAACCCGCAGAAGGAUACAGUGAGCAGAAAAAUCAAAUAUUAUUUAUACAAAAUAAGAAUCCCUCCAAUCCCAAAAUGCUUUUGACCAUCCAACAGCAAAAUCCGCAAGUGCUUUUGCAAAGAACGAAUUUCGAUUCAAAAAACCUGCAAGCUCCUUCACGAUUGUCAAGUCAACCAAAGAAAAGUAAAGACGACAUCAACGACAAUGGAUCGUCGUCUAAAGUCGUCGCACUGAAAAGAUUACAUCAAGAAAAUUGCGACGAAAAUGACUUUGAGAAUUUGAUUACAGAAAAUCAAAUUUAUGGCAACAAGAUAGUCGUGAAGGAGAAGUCUCAGGGAACACUGCAAGAGCAGGACUUAAAAAAUAAGAUUAAAAUGGAUAAGCCCAUACAAACAGAAACAAAAAACGUAGUACUACAACCCAAUUUUCUUUAUUUAAGCAAUGUACAAUUUCCUAAUUUAAUGAUGAUAAAGAACACUGCCAAAGUUACUCCAAAUACCGAUACCAAAUUACUUAAGCAACCUUCGAACGAAAAUAAAGCGAAUGAAGUAAAUAAUAAAACAAAUCCUGACCAAAAUAUUAUUAUACAGAAUCAAAAAACGCAAACGGCUGCAGUAAGUAAAGAAAUACACGUUUUAAAAUCAAGUAACAAUGUGUUACAAACAUUAUCAAAUAAAACCAAUAAAACAGACUUAGUAUUUCAGACAGCUACGCCGAAGGUCAUCGUGAGCCCCCAAAUAGUAUAUCAAGUGCCAAUGAUCGUUGAAACUGAUAAUAAAAUUAACCAACCAUUCAUAAAUUGUGAAUACCCAAAAUUUGUUAGUAAUAAAAAAGAAUAUCCCAAGAAAUUUGAUCAGGCGAAAACUAAUGACAAAUUAUUUAUUGCUUGUCCGUAUCAAAUGGAUGCAAAGCUCCAACCAAAAAUUGUUAUUACUAAUAUAAGGCCUAAAAUUCCAAAGGCUGAAGAAGUCAGUACUAUAGACCUUUAUGAAAAAAGAAGAAGAAUAAGACGAUUAAAAUACUUAACUAAUCGAGAGCCUAAAGAUCAGAAAGUUGAAACAAAGAGAGUAACCGAAAAAGUUGCGUAUAGGAAUGUCAUAACCCCAGACAAAAUGAAAGCUGAGAUUUAUAAAGAAUUUACCAAGACUCGGGAAAAAGUAGAAGAUGAUAGUAGUGAGAGUGAAAGUGAUUUUGGAGAGGAGGAUGUACAUGAAUACGAGAGGAUAAUAAACGAAUAUAGUAUUCAGAAAGAUGAUAAUGCCGCGAAAGAAGAUUUUCUGUCCAAUUUCAUGUUAGCUACGCAUGCAGCCUGUAGAGAUAAAGAAAUGGAAAAGCAAGAGAGGAUAUUGGAGAGGGACUCUGUCGCAGCAGCUUACAUAGCAGCGGGUCGAAUUGAUUGUCUGUACAAAGACAAUUCUGAAGAGCUGAGAGAAGAGAAUGAGGUCCCAGCGAAGGUUGUUAGUACGGAUAAGGAAAGCCCAGCCACAAUGCACAGAAAGCAGACAUUCUUGAACAAUUUGAAGCUGAUGCAAGUCUCACCCCAGUAUCGUGAUGGUUACGAGAAAACAUGGCAAGAAAUAAUGAAGGAGAGAAACCGCAGAAACGGGAUCAGCAAGUCCGAAGAGAGCCUAAAACUCCCCGCAAUUGAGAAAAUGGAGUUAGAUCCAGAUGGACAAUUAGAACUUUUAACAGAAAUAAAGAAAAGUGUCAACGAAAACAACAACUUAAUAAAACUGAGAUUAGAUUCACAAUCGAGUAAUGAUGACGUUGAAAGUAUAAAGGUUUUGGCUGAGAAAAACUUUUCGGAACUGAACCGCUUAUCCAAAAUGGCUGAUCAAAGCGUUAAAAUAUUCAGCGGUCAAGACGCUACUGGUAAAAGAGACUUAAAUCCCGGUUUUGACAGUGAGAACAUUCAGAAACCUCUUCUAAAACUGGAUCUUCCGAACUAUGCCAGUAGUAUAAAUAUUCCUAAUAUUUCUAAGAUAAUUUCGUUAAGGUCCAGGCAAGAACACAGCGUGGUGACGAUAACUCAAGCGACGUCGAUGGAUGAGCCGAAGAAUUGUGCUGGUGGAGUGGAAACGAUUGAGGAGAACAAGACCCAGGAUUUCUGUUGCCAAGUUGAGGAGCAGUGGCCGGGGAUCGAAGCUGUGGUGAAGAGUUACAAAGAAUUUGAUGCUGCGCGGCGGAAAAAGAUAUCCGAGUUACACCGCCGCAACACGAGCCUGCGCGUAGAAAGUGCGCACAUCACCCGCAACGCGUCGAGAGACUCGGAGAGCGCACGCGCAUUGCUCGCUGAAAGACAAAACCUAGCCGUCGAGGAGAACAACCUCAGGAUAUCUUUACAGAGGAUCUGCGCUGCUAUAGAUUACGUUAGGAACUGUUAGUGUUGCCAACUUUUAAGAGGUCAAAAAGAUUGGACGAAACGUGUGGAUGCUAUUUCGUAAACUGAUUUUGUUAGGAAUUGUCUUAAACAAAAUUUAUACAAAUAUGCUAUACGUAACGAGAUACCGUAUGUCAUUUUUAGUUUAUUCCAUUAUUAUAGAUACAAAAAUGAUACCAACUCAUUUCAGGACAAGCUUACCUGAAGAAAGUGAUGAAUUAGAUUAUCUUCAGGAAAAAGGCUUACAUAUACUUACACCAGAGGCCGCCCGCGACUUCGUCCGCAAUCAUUCCCACGG